AUGCGCUGCCUGGGUGUUCCCGGAGUGGAAGACUUUUACAAGAAGCAUGAAAGCAAGCUCAAAAAGAUUGAUCCAUUCAGUUCAGUUAAGAAAUUUGAUGCGAAAAAAUUUUUUGUUGAUUUGGCGACUGGCGGAACGGCCGCCGCAAUAUCGAAGACUGCCGUAGCACCCAUCGAAAGGGUGAAAAUAUUGUUGCAGGUGCAAGAUGCGCAGAAGACGAUUGCUGUUGAGAAACGUUACAGAGGCAUAUUUGACGUGCUAAUUCGAGUGCCCCGGGAGCAGGGUUUGCUUGCUCUAUGGCGAGGCAAUCUGGCCAAUGUGAUCCGAUACUUCCCUACCCAAGCGCUCAAUUUUGCCUUCAAGGAUACGUUCAAGAAAAUGUUCAUGGAGGGGUAA